AUGACAUACAUUGGAAACAUGACUUUGUGCCUUUUGUUAUUUCUGUUGAUUAUGUGUGGUUCAGUUUGCCAUGGUGGGAAGUUGCUGGUCUUUCCCGGGGAGGGAAGUCACUGGGUUAACAUGGACAUUUUGAUCAAGGCGCUUCACUCUCAGGGACACACCAUCACAGUGGUACGAACAACAAAAAGUUGGUAUAUCAAAGAAGAAUCGUCCUUCUACAGUUCUAUUACAAUACCUGUCACUGACGCUAUGGAUGAGGAAUUUGUAAAGCCAAUUAUGAAGAAAAUAAUUGAUAUAGAGAGAGGAACGAGCUCUGUAUUAAACUUUAUACAUUUGCAAAUCGAGAUGAUCUCUGCCAGGUCUAAGUUUCAUAAAUAUGCUAGUGACUUAGCAACUGCUGUAUUGAAAGACAAAGAUUUAAUAAAGACCCUAAAGGAGAACCAAUAUGACCUGGUGCUUACUGACCCAGCAUGGGGAGGAGGUCUAUUGGUGGCUCACUAUCUUCAGCUACCUCUAGUCUACAAUGUACGGUGGGCAAUCAGUGGAGAGGGACAUUUAACUAUUGCACCAUCACCAAUGUCAUACAUUCCAAUUACUUUAUCAGGGCACUCAGACAAAAUGACUUUCACAGAGAGAGUAAAGAAUAUGCUUUUAUAUUUGCUUUCUGCUGUUCGGGACAGGUUGACUGUCUGGCCACAUUACCAGGCUGUUUGUGAUGAGUUUUUCCAACCAGGUGUGGACUUCUAUGAGUUAUUACAAGGAGCUGAUCUGUGGCUCAUGAGAAUUGACUUUGUGUUUGAAUUUCCUCGUCCCACCAUGCCUAAUGUUAUCUAUAUGGCAGGGUUCCAAUGUAAUCCUGCCAAACCUCUUCCCCAAGAACUGGAGAAGUUUGUUCACAGUUCUGGGGAGCAUGGAGUCAUUAUCAUGUCUUUGGGGACUUUCGUUACUGAAUUUCCACAUGAUAUAGCUGAUGUGAUUGCUGCUGCUUUUUCCCAACUGCCUCAGAAGGUAAUCUGGAGACACAAAGGAGACAGGCCAGCUACUCUGGGCAACAACACCUUAGUAGUUGACUGGAUGCCUCAGAAUGAUCUGUUAGGACACCCUAAGACAAGGCUGUUUGUAGCUCACGGAGGAACAAAUGGGGUUCAAGAGGCUAUCUACCAUGGAAUUCCUGUUGUGGGUAUACCUCUGUUUAAUGAUCAAUAUGACAACCUCCUUCGUCUGAAAGAGAGAGGAGGAGCAAAGCUUUUAUCCAUGGCAACAGUAGACAAGAACAAUAACUUCCUAGAGGCCUUACAGGAAGUUCUGGAUGAGCCGUCCUACAGGAUGAACAUGCAGAGACUCUCCAGGCUACACCGGGACGUGCCAAUGGAACCCCUGGACACUGCCCUCUUCUGGAUUGAGUUUGUCAUGAGACACAAAGGUGCUGCUCACCUGCGUACAGAGUCCUACAGAAUGCCCUGGUACUCCUACCACUCUGUAGAUGUUGUCCUGAUGUUGUUGGGUGUUGUUUCAGUGGUUAUUCUUCUUCUUGUUGCAAUAGUCAGAUAUUUAUGCAUUAGAAAAUGCUUGAAAAGAAAGAUUAAAAGUGAAUGAGCAGAUCCAAUUCUCCACAUUCUGGUGCACACAAAUAGUAGGAUAUAUAUGACUUAAAGCUGUUAUAUGGAACAAUACCCAACAAAACUCCUAUAGAUAUGCGAGUUAUGGAUCUGUCAUUCUCAUUGAAAGCAAGUCUAAGAUGCCGUAGAUCUGUUCUAUGUGUGCUAUCUCUAUGCUUCCCAUGUUUAAGUAUCUUUUUGCUUCUUUUACUUUCGAUUUUGUACACCAGUUUCAAACAGCAGGAAAUACAACAUUUUUGGU